AUGCGGUCACUGACGUCCGGUAUCGUUACCGUGAAGCAUUCUCAGCUGUCAAAAUUCCGUUUGCAACAGCAGGCGGUGACAAGUCAGCUUCUCGCCAACCAACGGGAGGCCCAGGAACAACAUCGGAUGCUUAUGCAGCAGAAUCGUGAUGCUCUUCAGAAUAUUAGGUUGCAGAUUCCAGAGAGUCCGGAGACCAUCCUGGAUUCGAUCGGUGCAAAUAUAAAAGACUUCCGAUAUGACACGGAGGAAGGCGUUACGUUCGCGGCUUGGUUUUCACGAUACGAUGAGUUAUUCGCGAAAGAUGCUGCAAGGUUAGAUGACGCAGCCAAAGUGAGGUUAUUAGUCCGGAAGUUGGGAGUAGCUGAACACGAACGCUUCCUGAGUUUCAUCAUGCCUAAGACUCCUAAGGAUUUUAACUUCCAGCAGGUCGUGAAUAAGCUCAAGACUUUGUUUGGAGCAGCGGAAUCAGUGAUUAGUAAGCGCUACCGUUGCUUACAGACAACAAAGUCUCCAACAGAGGACUAUUUGUCUUAUGCUUGUCGUGUCAAUAAGAACUGCGUAGAGUUUGAACUGUCAAAGCUCUCAGAGGACGAAUUUAAGUCACUGGUAUUCGUCUGCGGAUUAAAAGGUGAAUCCGAUACUGAUAUCCGCACUCGUCUCCUUACUAAGAUCGAGGACAGCAUAGCUGUCACUCUCGAACAGUUGUCGACCGAAUGUCAAAGGCUAAUGAACCUCCGACAUGAUACAGCCAUGAUCGAGGGUGGUUCCAAUUCGGUCAACGUUAUCAGCGGAAAACAUCAGAAAUUCCGGAAGCAGACGAAACAGGAGAGUUUCCCGAAACAUUCAUCACCGGCAAAUGAGAAGAAAAGGCCGUCUGAGCCGUGUUGGAAUUGUGGGUUGAUGCAUUUCAGCCGUGAUUGCACUUUCAAAAACCAUCAGUGUGCCGAAUGCAAGCGUUACGGCCACAAAGCAGGUUAUUGUGGAAGUGCCAAGAAAACGUCCCGUCCGAAUUUCAAGCGGAUGUCUCAGCGUUUACCUGUAGAUACUAAAACCGUCGAAGUAUCAGUGGGUGUAGUUCAAGAUAGACGAAAGUUCGUUUCUGUCAUGUUAAAUGGAGUGUCCGUUCGAAUGCAGUUUGAUACCGCUUCGGACAUAAGUGUCGUAUCUGUCCGUACAUGGAAGCAGCUAGAAAGUCCGGAAGAGAAACCACCGUCGGUGGAAGCUAAAGCAGCCUCCGGUCACCCACUCAAGCUAGUUUCACAGUUCGACUGUCCAGUGAGUGUCAAGGGUGUAACGCAUGUAGGUACGAUUUUCGUCACGGAGAGGGACUUGCACAUCCUAGGUCUGGAUCUAAUCGAAGCAUUCCAGCUUGAUUCGGUUCCAAUGAGUGCAUUCUGUAACGAAGUCUCCGUAUCAUCGCCGUUAGCGGAUCGUCUCAAAGCGCAGUAUCCGCAAGUUUUCAGCAGCGAGCUGGUGGCGUAUGCCAUGUAUGAUACGGUGGAUGAUGAGCUUGAUCGGCUGGAGCGUAUAAAUAUCACCACGCCGGUAGAAUAUUCGGAGUGGGCGGCUUCAAUAGUGGUAGUCCGAAAAGCGAACGGGAGCAAAAGAAUUUGUGGGGAUUACUCCACUGGUUUGAAUGACGCCCUUCAACCAAAUCAGUAUCCCUUGCCCCUUCCACAGGACAUCUUUGUAAAGCUCGGUAAUUGCAAGAUUUUCAGCAUAAUUGAUAUGUCCGAGUCCUAUCUUCAGCUGGAAGUCGACGAGCCCACCAGUAAACUCCUGGCCAUUAACACUCACCGGGGCAUUUACAAGGUCAACCGUUUAGCACCCGGACACACGAGUGGAUACAUCGACAACAUCGUCGUCGGUGGGCGUACCGAAAAAGAGCAUUGGGAGAACCUGAAGGCACUAUUUGAACGUCUACGAGAGUUUGGAUUUACCAUACGUCUGGAGAAGUGCUCCUUUGAGGCUAGCCAAAUUAAGUACCUGGGACACUUGCUGGAUCAACAUGGGGCUCGACCGGACCCAGGAAAGGUUGAAGCGAUCAGACAAAUGCCUGCACCUGCCGACAACUAUUACGGCAAAUUCGUGCCAAAUAUGCGUGCCCUACGAUUCCCUUUGGACGAGUUGCUGAAGGCGGGCACGAAGUUCGAGUGGACGACGGAAUGUCAGUCAGCUUUCGAUAAUUUUAAAGACAUCCUGUCGUCGGAGCUGCUCCUAACGCACUACAACCCUGAGCUAGAAAUAAUUGUCGCUGCCGACGCAUCGUCCAUUGGUUUAGGAGCCACGAUUAGUCAUCGGUUUCCUGACGGUUCUGUGCGAGUUAUCCAGCAUGCAUCUAGAUCCCUAGCCCCAGCGGAACGAAACUAUAGUCAACCUGAUCGAGAGGGCCUGGCGAUAAUAUUUGCGGUCACGAAAUUUCAUCGCAUGGUCUUUGGGCGCAAGUUUCGGCUCCAAACCGACCAUGCACCGUUACUUCGUAUAUUCGGCUCGAAAAAGGGUAUUCCCGUGUACACCGCCAACAGAUUGCAACGGUGGGCCCUGACGCUGCUUAUGUAUGAUUUUACCAUCGAAUACGUGGCCACGGAGAAGUUCGGUCACGUGGAUGUGUUAUCUCGCCUUAUCAACCAACACGAUGAUGUCAGAGAAGUUCAGCAAAGUACAGAGAACGAUCCGGUUCUCAGUAAGGUGGUUCAGUACAUUCACCAGGGCUGGCCAUCCAAGCAGACCGUGGCAUCCAAUCCUGAGCUGCAGCAAUUCUACAACCGACGGGAAUCGCUCACUACUGUACAGGGAUGCGCACUUUUCGGUGAGAGACUAGUUAUUCCGUCUCGUCUACGAAAACGUUGUCUGGAUCAGUUACAUACUGGCCACCCGGGAAUCGGAAGAAUGAAGGCCAUUGCUCGAAGCUACGUGUACUGGCCUGCGAUUGAUGCUGAAGUCGAAAAGGCCGUUAAGGCGUGCACACAGUGCGCGCUUGCUGCAAAGUCAUCCCCUCGAGUCGCACCUGUACCUUGGCCAAAACCACAACGGCCAUGGGAACGGGUCCAUGUGGUCUACGCCGGACCGCUCGAUGGAGACUAUUUUUUAUUGGUAGUGGACUCCUUCACCAAGUGGCCCGAAAUAGUGCAAACAAGCCACAUCACAACCACAGCAACCACCAAGAUUCUGCGAAGCCUUUUCGCACGCAUGGGGAUGCCAGAGCUGCUAGUUUCCGAUAAUGGCACACAGUUCACCAGUGCCAUGUUCGGAAAAUUUUGUAGUAUGAACGGCAUUGAACACACCACUACGGCACCGUUUCACCCGCAGUCGAACGGGCAGGCGGAACGGUUUGUUGAUACCUUCAAAAGAGGUAUCAAGAAAAUUCGAGAAGGGAAAGGUCCGAUUCAGGAAGCAUUGGACCUGUUUCUGUUGAAGUACCGAAGCAAUCCAAAUCCGGCAGUCUCGGGUGGAGUAUCGCCAUCAGAAGCAUUGUUUGGACGUCGAAUCCGAACCAACCUCGAACUGCUGCGGCCACCAACAGAUCGUCAGCAAGCAGAACAAGAAGAAGACCAGCAGAAACCCCGAAGCUUCAACAAGAAAGAUCCAGUGUAUGUAAAGGUUUACAACCGGAACUCGUGGUCAUGGGUUCCUGGCACCAUUGUAGAACAAAUUGGAGGAGUGAUGUAUGAUGUGCGAACCGAAAAACGUCGUUUAGUACGGUCACACGUUAAUCAGCUGAGAAAACGGUUACCGAGAGCUGAAUCUUUUGAAGAAACGUCGGGUUCGCCAUCCAAUCCGCUCCCUUUGGAUGUUUUGUUAAGCGCUUGGAACUCACCGAGCACAUCUGUUUUACCAUCAUCGGCUACGUUUUCCCCUGUGUCUCCAGCAUUGACGAUUCCGUCAAUAUCACCACUACGAUCAUCGGUUCCUGCUAGUCCAGACAGUUCAGUUUGCCCUAUGGAUAUGGGCGAGCCACAAACACCAGUCAUUCGCAGCAAUCAACAACCAAGCAUCGCCAGCAAUUCCCAAGUACAGCCACUGCGACGUUCUUCGCGCCUUAGAAGAUCGCAUCCGCGGUUCGAUGUGUACUAUCGCUAUUGA